GUAAUCGAUAUUUGCAACCACACCAGUGCCACGCCAGUAUUUCACAAUAGGCGGACAAUAACUGUGCGAUUACUAGCACAAUAAUGGCAGCUUUUUCCUUGUUGGCAUUGGCCAUUUCAGCUUAAUGAUUUGUACAAACCAGUUCGAUCUGACGACCACAUUUUCUGAUCCGUAAUGUGCUGGACAAGUACCUUUCACUGCGGUAAAUGUUCCACUAAAAGUUUGUCCUUAGUGGUUGAACCGGCUCCACUGCAUCCUGUUGCUAGGUUAUUGUCCAUCCACGCAGAAACCGAGUCACUUUCAUGCACGGGCCAUGAGGCAGACCUUGUGUCUUGCAAACUUGGCGAUCACCCGGUGCCGUCGGCUGAACUUUGUUCCGAGAACGGAAAGAAAAAUGUCAACUUGAACAUGACAUUGAUGUUCUGUGCAACAGAAGAAGAAUUGUUGACUUGUAACAUGGGUGAUUCAGAUUCGAACCAGUGCAAAAGCCUUGCGACAAGAAGCACCAUAGCAGGAGAAAAGGUCAGUAUUCAGGCUCACGAUUUUUCUCCUUCGCUUCGAGCAAAACUUCUUAUCGAAGAUCCAUUGUUAACUACACUUGCAGAUAAACCAUAUCAUCGACUGGCCAGUUUGAAACAUUUUGAAGAGUAUUCUUCCACAACUGCCCCAUUUUUGGAAACUCUUGGCUCUUUAGAAUCAGCGAAUUCACCCAAACGGUUCACAUAUGGUAGUUCUACGAUCCCAAACAUGAGUUCUACUAUUCUGUUCGACGAACUCCAUCUGAGUACCACGACCACCACCACGGCGGGUAUGAAGUGUACUCGUAUGGAGCAACACACGGGCAGGAGGAAGUGUGGCACUCCAUCUGCUGAUCGACUCUUCGCUGCAGAGUCGCUGGACGGUCGACCACGUGUUCCUAGUGGACUGCUUCCGAAAGAAAGUUCCGACGCUUACGACCCUGCAUACCCCUCUGAAUUUCUAGUUGCCGAUCAAAAUCCUGGCUGCACCUCAACAACGCAUGAAGUUCGCUGGACACAAGCGGAGCAAGACACCUUGCAGACGGACGGCACUACUGGACCUUCUAUUCCGGUACCGAAUACUCGUGUUAGCCUCGUGGGGCACUAUGCAGAUGAUUCGUGGCAUGCGUUGCAUCCUACAAACGUGCCAGAUCUAGCGCCAUGUCUAGAAAACACUGAACCAGAGAUUGCAUUUCUUUUGCCUCCAAAUUACCAGGCGUGCUCGAACACACUUUCACCGAAUGUAAGUAGACCAAAUGUAUACCGGUCUUUUACAGAUGGCCCAUCAUCUCCUUUUGAUCACUCGCUCCCUAUCCCUACGGAUGUACCAAACUUAACUCAAACUCUAAAUGACUGCUCUUGGCUAGGUGAACCUACGUGCCCUGCCACACACUAUGUGGCAAUCCCUGAGCGUUGCUCUUCGUCCUCCACUUUGGAAUGCGAUAAAGAUGGUCCGACAAGCCUACUGGUGCAACAAUCGCUGACAAGACAUACAACAGUGUGUCCUUUCACCUGCUCCUAUUCCCCAGUGACCUCUGUCACCGAAGUCCGGCCAACGUGUGCCCGAUGUGAAGCGCAGCUACACGCUCGCAAAAUGACAAAACAGAGAGGGACGCAAACAAUAACUGCGCCGAAUUUUAUGGUUACUCCAAAUAGGUCUACUGGACCUCAACUUACUCACAUGACACCUUGUUUGUCCACCAGUGCACCGGUUGGUAGUGAGCCGCCUUCCAUGAGAGUGCACGUUAAGUUUGAGGCGAAUGGGACGUAUCUAAUUCAAACGGUCAUACCAGGUGCAGAAUCUACCGGGAUGACAACAUCAGCACUUUUGCGUUCUGUCCUAACUCCAUCGGAUAAUGAUAUUCGCCCAGAGAAGUUAGCACCGUUGCGCGUUCGACAACUUCCUCGCAAACCAGUAACGCAUUUCGAGCCGUUCGAAAAGUUGCAGAGUGCCUCGACCCACGCGUCGAAAUCAUCUAAAUCAAAGAGAUCUAACAAGAUGAAAAAUUUAGAUAUUAAUAUGCUUAACGGUUCAGUGACUGACAUUGCCAGCAGUACAGGAGAAUGCGAAGGAAAUUUGAUCGAUUUGUCCAAGCUGUUCUGUUGUACUUAUGUGGAGGUGUCACUUAAGCGAAAUUUACAAAGUGUGGCCCCUCCCUCUUGUUUGACGGAUGUGGAUGCACGUAUGGUCCACACUUUACUGGAACACAAGUUACAGAACGCUGUUGCCACGAAAUUUAUGUCAUCAUCCAUAAAAUCCAAACCCUCUGACACUAGUUCAUUAAGUUCUACCUAUCCGCCACCUCUCAAUGAGAGCGGGGAUGUGAGGUCGGCCACAAACUUCACGGAUUCUUCAACGCACCGAACACUCAUGGAUCCAGCGGUCAAAAAGCGCCCAAGAGAGUUUAAGAGCUUCCUUGUCAGAGUUGGAAACAUCUACAAGUACUUACCCAUAAGAACCGUCUCUAAAACGAGGGCUUGUGGUGGUGUGUACAUGUUCACCUCUGGGCCACGUCACGUUCGACCACCGAAGCCGUGGUGGGAUCACAUCCAGAAGGAACAGCGAUUGUGUAACCACAGCAGUGUGGCUGCAUGGAAAAUUGACACGCUUCGGCUCGUCGUUGGUGGGUUACUCAAUCACGACUGCCAUUUGCAUGUUUUGGUGAGCUCGAACGAUGGACGUUUGGGUGUGGUUUACGAUCAUGGCAUAGGUCUGUUAGCGGAACUUGUGCAAAAGGGCACGCGUUAUGCGAGCAAUCAGACAGCUAGGUCAAGCACUGGAAAGUCGGAAAAUUCAUGCAUCCAAGACUCUGUCAGAAUGCAUUUCAGAGCUCCAAUUUUGGCUCGAUUGAUAGACUCAGAGAUGCAUGAUGUGUCUUCCGUCGUCGGUUUAAAUGAUUUGGGCCUGGGAGUGUCUCUGACUUCUAAACGUGGAAACAUGAAGUUUAGUAAAAGUGUGGAUACUAUCACCUUGUACACCAUGUCUGAACAGUUUAUACCUGAUCUACAGCAAGUUAGAAAACUUUUGAUCGGAGUCAGACGCUUGAGGGAAUUGAGUAUGGAGUUGGCCCGUUCUGCUCAUCAGCUAAAGCGACUUGUCAUGCCAGUGGAAUCAAUGGAUUAUUUGCUCCAUCUGCUUCGUAAGCGAGCAAGCAAGCUGUUUGUCACUUCCAACGAAUUCCUCUCUCGUGAUUUCGGAAAAGCGCUUCGCUCAGUUUACACAUCUUAUCACGGGUCGCUGGCACAUUGCAUACGUGGAAACGCUUACUGCCCGAAGGAGCAUCAUCCCAGAGCUACCGAUCCAGAUGCAUUCAAUGUUUUCCGUGAGCUGCUAGAUCCUAUACUCGGCAACUUUGCCCUGUGCCUCAACGCUAGAUCACAGCCACUUUCAAACUAUGAAAUACCAAACAUUGCCCGCCCAAAGGCAGAUUCUCGUUAUUUAUUGCGUUAUCGUGUUCGUUUUGCCCGUAACCUUGCUGGUUUCGGAUUCCCUCCCGUAAUGAGUAGACGAGAUUUUGAGUCCGUGGAACAGCUUUGCAAAGAUGCUCUACUCAGCUGGAAGGAAGAGGGAGUUGGGUGUUGGUACCGGCUGUGUGAAUUUGAGGAACAAAACCCCAGCCUGUUCAAGAAUUUGCAACGAAAACAGCUCCUGAUGCCAACGCAAAAUGCGGUACGCCAGAGCAGUGGGACCGCUCGGUUUUGGCCACAAGGUAGGAGUGUGUAUUUGGCACCGAAAAAUUACAGUAACUGUGAUUUGGUCGCGCAGAUUAACGGAGACGAUCAUCUGCGUGUGCUUUGUAUUGAUUGGACAGGAAAACAGCCUUACCUUGCUUACUCAAGGGCAACUAAAUUGAUGUCUUGGCUCGAUUCCAGGCUACAGUUCAGUCGGAGUGCUCAGUGGGGUUUCCUGAGCCCUAGCUUGCGUAAUGUUGGCACUGGAAUGCAACUCAGUGGUUGGCUUCGUAUGAACACACUGGAACACAACGUGGCCAGUAUUGAACGCUUGUGCACUAGAUACAGGCUUCAGGUAUGCUCUACAUGUCCACAUGGCCUCACCUCUCAUUAUCGCUUAUUGGAUGUUGCUCCAAUUUCAACGCUUGGACGCACCGAGGCCGAAGUUAUGUUGUGUUUUAUGGAGUCGAUGCAGCGUGUCUGUCGUUGGUACGAAAAGUCUCUUCGAGAUUGAUCCGUGGCAGUCGUACGCUAGCUAACAGCUUUCAAAGUGAAUCUACCAAUGUGGAUUGAGGAGGGGCAAUCAUGGCAUGCAUGCGAGGUUUACGCACUGCCUCGGUGAAUCUGUUUCGCUAUAUGUUUCAUCGAGUCCCAUCAAUUCCUUCUGCUCCCAGUGUUGUCUUGCUUGAAAAUUACUUUAGUUUGCAUUUAUCCAUGUGAUAAUAAAGCUUGCUUUUAGCAACCAUAA